GUAAUUUGGUGUUAUCUAUCAUCCUUUGCAAUUGGAUUGGAGAGGUACACUAUAAAUAAUAAUAAAUAUUGGCUCAACCUCACCUCACUUGAUUCAUCACCAUACCUCUGUUAUUUGUGAAGCCUUCCUCCGACUAAACUCAUUUUUCAUCCAUGGCGGAAUCUAUUCUCUUCGACCUUGCAGGAAACAUUAUAACAAAUUUGGCGUCUUUUGCACGCCAAGAGCUUGCAUUGCUCUGCGGCGUCCCUGAUGAGCUUGACAAACUUGAAGACRCGCUUUCUGAUAUUCAAGCCGUGAUUUUGGAUGCAGAGGAGCAGCAGUACAAGCGCCAUGCAGKCAAACAUUGGAUUUCAAAGCUUAAAGAUGCUCUCUACGACAUUUAUGACCUGUUUGAUGAGAUCUCUUAUGAAGCCUUGAGAAGACAAGCUACGUCCAAGAAUAAUAGAGGAAAGCUCUGCAACCAGGUACGCAUGUUCUUCUCCGAAUCAAAUCCAAUUGCUUUCGCUCUCAAAACUGGUCACAAAAUCAAGGAAAUUAGGGAGAAUCUAAAGGCUAUUGAUACUGAUAAAACCCAAUUUAACUUCUCUGAGCGUGUGAGUAAUACGACAAAUGAUGGGCUGAGGAUUUCACGGGAGGAUGCCUCUCUUAUACUUGAAGAGGAAGUGAUUGGUAGGAAUGAUGACAAGAAAGCAAUUAUAAAUCUUCUAUUAAAACCCAACACAGAAGAGGAUAUUGCAGUAAUUUCAAUAGUUGGAACGGGAGGAUUAGGAAAGACUGCUCUUGCUCAAUCUGUCUAUAAUGAUAACAUGAUGGACAAACAUUUUAAGAAGAAGUUUUGGGUGUGCGUUUCUGACGAAUUUGAAUUAAAAGUUAUGAUCGAAAAAAUGAUAGAGUCUGCAACUGGGAAGAGACCUGACUCGUUCCUUCAAAUGGAUUCCUCGCAAAGUGAACUUAGAAAGCUAAUUGAUGGAAAGAAAUAUUUGCUCAUCAUGGAUGACGUGUGGAAUGAGGAUUAUGAGAAAUGGGUUACUUUGAGAAGAUUGUUAAUAUGUGGUGCAAAGGGGAGUAGAAUUUUGAUCACAACACGUAGUGAAAAAGUUGCAAAAACUUUUGACACAUCUUCGCUGUAUUCUUUAGAAAAGUUGGAUGAGUACCACUCCUGGUUAUUGUUUAAGAAAAUGGCAUUCUUGAAAGGAUCGGAAGAACAGGAUACCGAGAAUUCAAAUUUGGUCCAAAUUGGUAAGGAGAUUGUGGCAAAGUUAAAAGGUGUUCCUCUUGCAAUAAGAACUAUAGGACGACUUCUAUGUUAUAAUAAAAAAUCAAAUUUUUGGUCGUCUUUCAAGGAUAAGGAACUUUACCAAAUUAUAGAAGAAGAAAGUGUGAAAAAGAUGUUAUCAAUACUUAAGCUGAGUUAUAACUCCCUCCCGUCUAAUUUGAAGCAAUGUUUUCUAUAUUGUGCUUUGUUUCCUAAAGAUUAUAAGAUUCGAAAGGAAGAAAUAGUACUGCAAUGGAUAGCACAAGGUUUCGUUCAAUCAAAUGAUGGAGUUAAGGCACUUGAUGCUGGUGAGGAUUAUUUUAUGAAGUUAUUAUCAAUGUCCUUCUUUCAAGAUGUUAGAAAAAAUGACGUGGGAGACAUAAUAACAUGUAAGAUGCAUGAUUUGAUGCAUGAUCUUGCUUGUUCGAUAGUAGAAAAUAAUGAAAUCAUCGUCCAUGACGUGAAUGCUCGCACGCUCAAUAAAAGAACUCAUCACGUUUCAUUUGUCUUAUUGUCGGGGAAAGAAUUGGAAAAACUUCCAAAAACAUUAUCUAAGGCAAGAAAUUUGAGGACAUGUUUUUUGCAAUAUAAUCAAGUCGGUCGUAGGGAUGACAUGCUCGGAAAAAGAAAAAUCAAUAAAGUCUUUGGAAGUGUCUUUUAUAAUCUUUUGAGAUUACGAACAUUGGACUUGCACUUGAGUAUUGACAACCAUAAUGUCAAGUUUCUUAAAUGUAUUAGCAAGUUGAAAUAUUUGAGAUAUCUAAAAAUUAAGAUGAUUGAAACUACUGAAUACUUUCCAAAUUCUAUUACUGGGUUGUACAGUUUGGAAGUAUUUAUCCUCGAAUGUAAAGGGUUAAAAGAAUUACCGAGAGACAUCAAAAAUUGGAACAAACUUAAGCAUCUCUAUCUUGAUGGGAAUGAGAAUGUUUGGCACAGACAAGAUACGUAUCAUUAUGGGAAUGAGAAUGUAGAAUUCCUGCCGAGUUCUACUGUUGUGUUGAAUAAUUUGGAGACACUUGUCCUUCAAAAUUUUAACAACUUGAAAGAAUUCCCGGAAGAUAUUAAAAAUUUGACCAACCUUACACAUCUUGUUAUGAGGGGGAAUAAGAAUAUAGAAUACCUUCCGAAUUCUAUGAGUGAGUUGAAUAAUUUGAAAUCACUUAUCCUGACGAGGUUUGAAAAGGUAAGAGAAUUGCCGCAAGAUAUCAAAAAUUUGAUCCACCUUCAACAUCUUGAUCUUCAAUGGAAUAGAAAUGUUGAAUUUCUCCCGAAUUCUAUUACUGAGUUGUGUGAAUUGGAAACAAUUAUCCUUAAAGGUUGUACAAAAUUAAAAGAAUUGCCGAGAGAUGUCAAAAAUUGGAUCAAUCUUAGGCAUCUUGAUCUUUCAGGUAGUGGCGUAGAAUUCCUUCCAGAUUCUAUUACCCAUUCAAAUAAUUUGGAAACACUUCUCCUACGUUAUUGUGAAAAAUUAAAAGAAUUGCCGGGAGAUACUAAAAAGUUGAUCAACCUUAAGCAUCUUGAUUUGAGUGGAUGUAGGGCUUUGACUCAUAUGCCAAAAGGACUGGGUGAGCUGACUAAUCUUCAAACAUUGAAUUUAUUUAUAUUAGGAAAGGGAGAGAAUAAUGGAGGUGGAUUAAGCGAGUUGAAUGGACUUAACAAGUUAAGGGGAUCAUUAAUUAUCAAAGGAUUGCAAUUUUGCUCAGCUGUUGAUCUACAAACGAAUGCUAAGUUGUUGCAGCUCAAGUCGGGUCUUCAACAGUUAAUGUUGGAGUGGAAGUGGGACAAGGAUUCGUUUAAUGAGCCUACAGUGGGUGCUUUGGACGGUGAAUACGAAAGAGUUUUAGAAUGCUUACAGCCACAUUCAAAUCUUCCAGAGAUACAUAUCAAUGGAUAUAGAGGAGUGAAGUUAUGUAAUUGGCUAUCAUCUUCCUCUUAUUCCUUUGAUGGUCUGGUCCGCAUGACAGUUUCAUCUUGUGAAAGAUUGCAGCAUCUCCCUCGAUUUGAGCAAUUUCCUAAUCUCAAGCACCUUCAUCUUAGAGACUUACCCUGUGUUAGGCACAUGGUCAACAACGAUUAUCCUUCUUCACCAACUUUGUUUCAAUCCCCUGAGGUUUUAGUUGUUUCAGACAUGCCUAACUUGAAGAGAGGGUGGAAGAAGGGUACAAAAUCUGCUCAAAACGGUGUCUUGUUUCCAAUAAUAUUUCCUUGCCUUUCUGAAUUAUGCAUUUGGAAAUGUCCUCUGCUUGCUUCGUCGGUUACAUGUGAUGCACCUCUGGAUCCUUUGUCCAUUUCCGAAUCGGAGUUUUUGUCAAAUUGUUUACGACAUGUCACAACUCUUCAACAUCUCUCUAUAAGAGAAUGUCCAAAUUUAACGAGUCUACCAAAAUUGACCGACAACCUCACAUCACUUUCAGAAUUGGACAUCAGGGAUUGUCCAAAUUUAAUGAGUCUACCAGAACCGAUUGAAAAGCUUACUUCACUUACAAAAUUGUAUAUUGAACGUUGUCCAAAGCUAACUUCAUUACCCGAAGGGAUUCGGCAGCUCCAGUGUUUAAAAUCAUUGCAAAUUCGGCGCUGUCCCAUAUUGAAUGAAAGGUGCGAGAGGCAAACAGGUGAAGAUUGGUUUAAAAUCGCACAUAUCCCCGACGUUUUAAGUAUGAAAUGAUGCUACAAAUCCUCAUGAUCACUUCAGAUUACAACAUCGUCCUAUGCCACUCAGAAGAACAAAAACUUGUAAACAGAUUCAAAAAGUUUGAGAACAGCCAACCAGAGGGGGGAGAAGACCAUCUGCUAUAUAACAGAUGGAGGUGGAGAAAGUAAAGGAAAGAAAUUACCCAAAGUGACAUGAGUGGAUGAGAAGAUGGUUUGGUGUCUCUUUUAAGAGAUUUUUCUUUUUUUCUCGGUGUUUAUCUUGAUAUAUAUUUGUCGUGUGUAUCUCUGGUUAUGGCUAGAGAGAACUUUUGUGUCCUUGUUACUGUUGAUAGAGAAGAUUUUGACUACGGUCACGUGGUUUUUUACUCCUCAAUUAGGGGAGGUUUUUCCACGUUAAAAUUGUUGGUGUACUGUAUUUGUUUAUAUUUU